AAGUAACAAAAAAACAUUAUUUUAUGAAUAUAAAAUUUUAUUAUUCUUAAUCAGAAUUAUAUUAUUAAGACAUUUGUUUUAAAAUAUAUAAUUUAAUAAUAAUAUAAUUUAACAUCAAAUGGGAAAUUGUUUUUGUUCUAAACAAUUAACUGCAAAAAGAAAACGAAUCGAAAUUCUUACAACUUGAACGUGAAAACAAAGAAUUUUAAACAAAAUUUAAAAUAAAUAAAACAGUAUUUGAUAUAAAAUGAUUCUUUCAAGAGCAAAGCGUCUGAUAAUUGUUUGCUGCAUCCUUUUAAAUCUAAUUCAUACUAUACAAGGAGCUGGAAAUCGUACACGUGCUGUUGUUGAUAUUUGUGAUCGUCAGCCCACUAUAAAUGGUUUGUGUGGUUCCUCAACUUUAGGCAUUUAUUAUGAUGCUGAAACUCAACGCUGUAAAUAUUUGGGCUGUAGUCCUGAUAAGAAAAUAUUCUCGUCUUUAGAGGAUUGUGAAAAGAUUUGUAAUAGAAAAAAUCGUCGUCGUCAUAGACGUGUUCGUUAUUCAAAACCAUAAUUGAUUUCAGUUCAAAAAACAUGUGCAUGAUUUUAUUACAAAAAACUAUUGCAAAUACAAAAACAAAAAAAUUUAAACAAAAA